CACACGCCGAGCGUUUUCGAAUCGUUUUCGAAAAGCUGCGUUUUUUAAAAUGUGGCGUGGCACCGGAAACGUAUGGUCAUACGGAAGGUAAAAAGGCGUCCGGAUACGUGUGGACGGGACCUUUUCAAUCUUAACACUUUAUAUCUUGGAGAAAACCUUCGUUAAACGUAGCGCACAUCUUCAAACGAGGACAGCCGUUUCUAAAACAAGGCCGACAUCGUUUAUCGAGGAUCUCAGUUUGAUAGCAAAUCUACUUCACGACUGGGUUCCACUGGUGGUAACGCUAAAUGUUAUUGUUUGAGCUCAACACAAUGAUUCACGUAGACCCGAGGUCUUGCUGAUAAUGAAGGAUUGACAUGCCAGCCUUGGUUAGGAAGUGCUAAUUAUCGACUUCUGACUACCUUAAGAUAUUUCAUAUAGUCUCAGAAAGAACUCCUUAUUUCUAUCACUUCAGUGAUUAGCGUUGUGUUGGUUGGGUCGUUGCCAUUUGGAAACCAAAUCACAAACAAAUAUAAUCUAGAUUUCGAUCCAUCAACUCAUGGUUACCAAGACAACGCCGUCAAUAAUACUGUCAGAUGGAUAAUAACACAAGUUCGUUGAACGUUAACGAGUCAGCGGUCUUCCGGGAUGGUCGGUCUGGUCUGAGCGUCGCACCUCAAGUGUCGUUUCUAGCGGUCGUAAUAUUCGUGGCUGUUACUGCUAAUGGGUUGGUGUGUUACGUCAUUCAUCGGACACCUCAUCUGCAUAACGUCAUCAACAUUUUUCUAGUGAGUAUGUCUAUAUCAGAUCUUCUCCACGCCCUCCUCAAAAUGUCUACCACUCUCGCCUCUACGAUUCAAAGGGACUGGUACCCACACAGCGCUGUUUGCUACGUAACCACGCCGUUUGGAGUUCUCUUCGGUGCCGCGUCUGUCUUCAACCUUUGCGCCGUCGCACUGAACCAAUACUUCGUAAUCGUCAAGCCGUUUCAUUAUAUGACUCUUAUGACUCCUACGCAUGCGCGAAGAGUAAUCACUGGAUUGUGGCUUGGCAGCAUCGUAAUCUCUUUACCACCAAUCUUCUGGCGCACUCCAGACAUCAUAUGCAAAAGUGGCGCCGUUGCUAAGGAAUACUACUGGUCAGAGGUUUCUUACAUCUGCGCGUUGUGGUUAUUUGUCGUCAUAAUACCAUCGAUUAUUAUGGUCUGGAGUUACGGGAAGAUUUUUUGCACGGCCAGAAAGCAGAUUCAACGCAUGCGCAAUGAAAAUACAUUGUUUGAUGAGUCGUGUUCUUCGAGCACUAGAAAGAAAGAGUUACGUGUUGUCGCGUUGCUCGCUCUGAUUGGUGGAAUUUUUCUAGUCUGUUGGGUCCCAUUCUUCAUAGUCAUGACGCUACUCAAAUUUUCUUCCAUCAAAGUAGACGUUAAAUACUUCCGUGGAUUCUUGUUUCUAAUGUAUGCGAAAUCGGCUAUUAAUCCUAUACUAUACACAAUAAUGAACCAGGACUUGAAGAAAUAUUGUAGAAAACUCUUAUGUCCACGGACUUUGCUACACAAGGAGAACGCCAUGCUAAUGAAGGCGUAUAAAAACGGUCAUCAAAAUCAACACAAUGGCGGGAAAAACCUUGAUGUUUCUCCUGAAACUGCUCUGACUUUAGAAACCAAUAGGUUAUGAAAAAAAGAAUUUUUGGAAUAACAAAAUUGGCAUGAAAUACAAAAAUACAAAAAUAUGAUUUAUACGAGAUUGCCAUUGAAUCGGUAUAAAAUAAUUUCAAGAAAUAUUUAAAGUGCAAAUCAAGUCUAUAGGAUCUCUUUCUGAUUUGAAAGCCCUUUAAUAUAAAACAAAUAAGAAUGGCCUUUACUUUCUUUUUGAUAUCUCUUUUCGUUUCUGUCAUGCUCAGAAUAAAGCCAUCACGAAAUGAUGACGUUAAUCCAGGACCCUCGUAAAAAGUCGAAUCAUCACAUAGAAAGUAUCCCUGUGAGAAUUAGCUCAAAACUACACUUGAAUUUUUUGUUGGUUACAGUGCGCUAUCACCACCAAACGUUUCAAAAAUCAGAGAGAUAUCCUGUAGGCUUGAUACGCACUUGAAUAUAAAUGAUAUGGUUGCAGAUCACGUGACAACUUCAUUACGUGACAUCAGUAUCGACGGAUAAUAAAAAUACCUUUACCUCAAAA